AUGGGAACGGCGGAGGGCGAGGGGCGGGGCUGGAGCCACUGCGGCGUGAUGGCGCCGCUCGGGGCGGGGACGGGUGGUGCCGGCAGUGGGGUUCGGGGCACAGAUACCUCUCUGGCAUGGUACAGGAAAGCAGUUCUGUGGAUUGCAGAAAUGAGCUCUCAGUUCCACUUCUACCCCCAAACCUUUGCCUUGGGUACCAGCAUCUUUAACCAGUUCCUGGCAUCAGUAAAGGCCCAAUUAAAAUAUCCUCAGUGCAUUGCAAUUUCCUGCCUUAUCCUUGCAGCAAAAACCAGUGAAGAAGAUGAGGUAAUACCAUCGGUGAAGAUGCUCGCAGUGUAGAGUGCUUGCAAACGCUCUCCAGCUGAGAUCUUGUGAAUGGAAAGAGUUAUACUAGGUAAGCUUCACUGGGACCUUUACACAGCAACACCAAUGGAUUUCUUACACAUUUUCCAUGCCACGGUGAUGUCCAACUGGCCCCAUCUACUACAUGGGCUGCCUCAGAGAAAUCCUUCCCUCCAUGUCGCGCUCUUGACCAGACAGCUACAGCACUGUAUGGCGUGCCACCAGCUAUUGCAGUUUAAGGGCUCCACAUUGGCCUUGGUGAUCAUCACCUUGGAGCUGGAGAGGCAGACUCCUGAUUGGCUUCCUGUUAUUACUGAUCUGCUAAAGAAAGCACAGGUUAACAGCACUGAAUUCAUCAGCUGCAGAGAGCAUGUGGAUCAAGAGCUCAAGUGCCUGCAGCCACCCAACACUGUUUGCAUUGUCUACCCCAUGAGCCAAGCCACCCAGGGCCAUCCCAAGGCAAGGCCACCACACCACAACCCUUCUGGAUGGAAGGAUUCCCAUCAAGCACGGAUGAGGGCUUCUGUAAACCACCCGGGUUUAGCACCUUGCACACCUCCUACAGCCCAAAUUCCUGAUGACACCAUGGGGACCGAUGAACACUGCGAUGGAUUCAGACCCCUGCACAGUGAGGAUGUGGGAGCAAGUGAUGGGGGGUGCACAUGGGUGGCUGGUGCCUCAGUGGAAGGCUGGGAGGAAGCCCUGAGAGGGACCACCUUCCUCACCCACUGCCGGGAUGAGUGA